AUGGCAGUUCGAAGAUCAUGGAUGCAGUAUGAUGCAGUCCGGUCAGGACAAGUUGCAGUUCGUUUCUUUGUUGGUCUGCAUAAAAACCAAAUGGUGAAUGAGGAGCUCUGGAACGAGGCACUGACAUACGGAGACAUCCAGCUGAUGCCGUUCGUUGACUACUACAGCCUUAUUACAUGGAAAACCAUAGCCAUCUGUAUCUUUGGGACGCAGGUCAUUUCCGCAAAAUUUGUCAUGAAAACAGAUGAUGAUGCAUUUGUUCGUGUUGAUGAAGUCUUGCUUUCUUUACAAAGGAUCAGUACUACCCGUGGUUUGCUCUAUGGUCUUAUCAAUUCAGAUUCCCACCCCCACCGGGAUCCAGAGAGCAAGUGGCAUAUUAGUCUUGAGGAAUGGCCUGAAGACACUUACCCUCCUUGGGCGCAUGGUCCGGGUUAUGUUGUGUCAAGUGAUAUAGCAAAGGCAAUUUACAGGAAGCAGAGAAAAGGACGCCUAAAGAUGUUCAAGCUAGAAGACGUUGCUAUGGGAAUCUGGAUUGCAGAUAUGAAGAAGAAAGGCUUAAACAUCACGUACAAGAGUGAUGACCGGAUUUUUAACGAGGGUUGCAAGAACAGUUAUGUUGUUGCUCACUACCAAGGUCCCCGAGAGAUGCUCUGUCUGUGGCAAAAGAUUCAAGAGAAACAGAGUGCAGAAUGUUGCGGUGAUUAA